AUGGUUGAGAUUGUGGGGCACAGAGCCUUCAAAGCGAAGUAUCCUGAAAAUACUCUUCUGGCGUUCGAGAAGGCUUAUGCAGCUGGUGCUGAUGUAAUUGAGACAGAUUUGCAAAUGACUAGCGAUGGUAUGGUAGUGGUAAAUCAUGAUUCUGACACCGGUCGAAUGUGGAACAAGAACGUGGUGAUUGGAGAGUCAAGUUGGGAGAAAAUCCAGCAAUUGCGUUGUAAAAAGGAUGGGUCUCUAGCAAUGAUGACCCUGAAGGAAAUUCUGACAUGGGCAGUGUGCCAUCCUGGGGCCAAGUUGAUGUUGGACAUCAAGUUUACUAACGAGAAGAUUAUUAUGAUCAAGACUUUUGCUAUCAUGCUGGAGGUGAAGAAUGAUCUUAAGUUCUGGCAGGAGAGGAUCACUUGGGGGCUUUGGCUGCUAGAUUGGUACGAGUUUGGGAUUGAAACUGGUGUUUUGAAGGAUUUUAGAGUUAUCGUGAUAAGUCUGUCUCUGGAUAUCGCUUCCCAAUUUGUGGAGCGUUCUCUGGCGUUGAAUGAUCCUCACUAUAAACUUUUUGGUAUCAGUGUCCAUUUUGUAUCUUCGUGGACCAGUCAAUUUAGACUAAAAAUGUUGCCUUUGCUUAUGAAAAAUGACAUCAAAGUCUACUUAUGGACUGUCAACAAACCCGUAGAUUUCAAAUAUCUAUGCGAAUUGCCUAUACAUGGUGCUAUCACGGAUGAUCCGAUUAAGGCAAGAAAGUUAUGUGAUGGUCAUGCCGUGGCAAAGACACCCACUGCUGGGAAGAAAUUUGUUACACCCAGGCUGACAUCUGUGGAUGGGUUAAGAUUCCAUACUUUUAUCAAGGUUUAUAACAUCCUUUGCGCACUCUUAUAUUCAAAGUGGGUUCACGUUAAGUUAUGCGGUUGGUCUAUUGCUUAUGUGAUUUUCUUGUUUCUUCGGACAAUUCAUUUCCUUUGA